ACACAAUGCCUGUCUGCAAAAUCCCUCACAUUUUGUUGAAACCUUUGUCAAAGGCAAUUCCAUAUAUAUAAAUUUACUAACUGAUCGCGGGCUAGACAAAGGUAGAAUGGAUUGCCAUUUUGUUUUUCUCUGAUUGAAACUUUGUUAUUAGAGACCAUUUACAUGUCGAUUUCACAGUACAAAUAGUGAAACAGGGAAUUUGAACAAUUACACUUAUAACUUCUUGCACUUCUCUGCAAUAGUGAUUCUUUUCUGAGUGAUAGUAAUGGCUGAGGGAACUGACAAUGAUGCUAUCCAUGCCAAUCUAAUCUGUCCUCUCUGUCUCUCCACCUUUGAGAAAGCAACGCUUUUGACCUGUGGCCACACUUUCUGUCUCAAGUGCCUCAUGGGUUACGACAAGGAACACCGAAACGUGAAUCUCAUGAUCUGUCCACUAUGUCGGGAGCAGACUCCACUUGGGGAGAAUCGUGUACAGGGACUGCCGAAGAAUGUCACGGUGAAUGCGCUGGUAGAUGACCUCCAAGCUCGGAUGUCUUCAGAGAAGCGAUUGUCGCAGGUUCAGGCAACAAAUGAAGUACAGCCCCAAGCAGGACAGCAUAAGCUGCCUGUGAAGGUGCCCGUCAGACCACCUAAGAUUGUCAAGGAUGUAGAUCUUCCAGGUGGGGUAAGGGGAAUGACCAGUUUGGCAGAUGAUUCUGUUGUCGUAGGGUACGGAAGUAGUUUCCCUGGAGCUGAAGUCAUUAAGGUGUCAGGAGAACGAAGACCUUACUCCUUGAUCAACGCUGGCUCCGUGCGAGACAUUGUUAUCCUAAACGAUGGCAGAGCAGUUGCGUCACAUGGAUUUGAGGAAAUCAAGGCCUACAAUUCAGAUGGUACAAUGUGGGUGAUUCCAUUCAUGCAACUGUCAAACAAGAAGAGCCAGGAUGCUUUCUGCACACUGUACAAAGACAGCCAAGAUUUUAUCUACGCUGCCAAUGGCACCAACAAAGUCCAAUACUUUAGAGUUCGUAGUAAAGGCAUGACACAUCAUUCCAAAGUGAUCAGCACUGGAAAAUCAAAUGUCGCGCAGAUCUGCGUCACGCAAUCGGAAGCGCUCGUCAUGAAAGUGUCCAACGCAAAGCCACGGAGGCUGGCACUGUUCGACAAGGAAGGGAACAUGGGAAGCACUGUAAUCGCUAGAGACGACAGUGAAGUCCUAUGUGCAACGGUAGACGCUCUGGACAGGGUGAUCAUCGGGUAUUUUUCCCCGAGCCUCGGAACUCUGAGACUCUCGAUCUGCACGCUCAAGGGACUGCAUAUCAAACACCAGCAUUUCUUCAGCGAGCUCUACUUAUCCCCUGCAAGACUGGUGUGGUGCUACCUGGUAUCCAUCAGUCCAAAUCUACUGGCCUUUGCACAUCUUGGCAACAAGCUGUACUUCAUCAAAGUUCCUCCCAUCCCCAACAAGUAGACAUUCUUGCUUUUACCCUGGAUCUGGAUGUGUACACUGCUGGACCAAUUGGUAUGAAUGCAGCGGUUGAGAGAGGGCACGGUGAUAUUUAGUUAGUCGUAUCGUAGGUAGCUCUUUUCGAUCUUUGACUUGAACACCUCUAGUGAUGUGCUGUUCACUGUGUCAGGUGGGAGAUGGUUCCAAGCCAGAGGGGUACUCACAAAAAAAGAUUGUUUUAAUUGUUCAGUGUUUGUUGAUUGAAUAGUGUAACCUUUAUUGUGGUUCACUACUUGUCUUUCUAAGAUAUUCUGUGCUUGAAAGUCAUUAAAUUGUUUUGUUUUGACUUUCCGUUUUGGCCUUGUUUUAGUCAAGAAAUUCUCAAUAGGAAGGGCUGGGACCAACCCCUCGAAUUGUAUUGUACUAGACCUAUUCAUAGACUUCCAUUUGAUUUUAUACACUAGAUAUGUUAUUUGCUGAAGAGCAUAAUCUGUAAACUUACAUUUCAAACGUUAUUUCAUGCUAUUAAUUAUUAUGACUAUAUUAUAGGAUGGGGCUCCACGUCCCACUAGCAGUACUUACUAUUUCUGUGUCCUAUCACCAAUGAAGUUUAUAUGACAAUUUACCUUGUAUCAAUGUAUUUUGACAUUUGGUAAUAAAUUCAGUUCAGUUAAGAAAUUCAUAGCAUACAUUGUAGAUGCCAGGUAAUACUCAAUGAUCUUCUGGCAUUCGCACAUCUUGGUAACAAGCUAUACUUCAUCAAAGUUCUCUCCAUCCCAGACAAGGGGAUAUUCAUUGCAAGAAUGCACAGAAAUCCUUAACUCAGCAUGUAUCAGUAUUGCUUGAAUGUCAUCUUAAGACAGCAUGACAUGGAGUACCACAGGGGUCAUUGCCAGGCCUGUCUCUAUUCAUAUAUUCCAAAAAAAAUUGCUUGUUCUUUUAAAAUUUUGUUCAUUUGUUGGCUGAUAUGUACACAUGGGAAUUAUUGAAACAGAUAUUUCUCUAUAGAUUCAACUAUUGCUCAUUCCUGUUACACUUCUCUAAAGAGUUCUAAAACUCAGCAAAAUUGUCCAUAUUAUUCAGAAGCAGUGAGAACACCUGAACCAUAUACCUGUACAUGUAUACCUUGACAAAAUAAAUAUCUAAUGCUUUAACAUGAAA